UUACCUGUAUGACAUAUCAAUAUGGUCAAAUAUACGCUUAUCAACGUUGAAGGUAAUCUGUUUCUGUUACAUAAACCGUUUCAACUGAAUAUUAGCCUAAGGGUGGUUUGUUGUGUAUGAACGACAGAAAGUCAACACGAUGGCUUCUGCAAAAACGUGGAAACCAGAAUGGAAACAAGAUGUUGUAUAUCUACAUGUAUUUCCUAGGAUAAUGUCAAAAGGGGUUCCGAAUUUCUCUCCGUUUGCAGUAAAGUUAGAAACGUGGUUGAGAAUUAAUAAAAUCGCAUUUGAAGUUGUAGAUCACAUGGGUAUGUCGACAAAGGGUCAAAGUCCCUUUAUCAUGUUUAACCAAAAGGAAUAUCCCGAUUCAAACUUUAUAAUUGAAUAUCUGACAGAUUAUUUUUCCGUUUCCAUGGAGAACUGUUUAUCGGAUGUCGAAAAGGCAGUAUCGAGGGCAUUUCUCAAAAUGAUUGAGGAAGAUAUGACUUGGUCGAUAUUUUGGUACAGAUAUGUUGAUCAUUUCGUUGAUGAAUAUCUAGACUAUUUAAAACCAAGCGAUGAUCCAGAAAAAGCUAAGGCAUUUGCAGAGCAUCUUGGUAGUAGUGUAAAAAAUAGAGCAGUUUCACAUGGAAUAGGUCGUCACAGCAACGAAGAAAUAUAUACAAUCGGAAGUGACGAUAUCAGAGCCAUAUCAAAAUAUUUAGGCGACAAGACGUUUAUGAUGGGAGAUAAUCCAACUCUGAUUGACUGUUGCCUGUUUGGUUUCAUUAUUCAGAUCACAGAUGUACCAAUAAACUUUCCGAUGAGAGACGUUAUCGAAAAAGAAUGUCCAAAUAUAUUACAGUUUGUAGAUAGAGUUAAAACAAAAUACUGGUCAGACUGGGACCAACAAUGUAUAUAGUAUUAUUAUAAAAUAAUUAAAAAAUG